AAGCUCUACGUUUAUCUGCUCUGUUACAUAUGUUUUCUAAUCAUUUUGACGAUAUUUUUCAAAACUUGAGAAAUAAUUAAAAUACGUAUUAUAUUUACAUUAUUUUAUUUCACAACGAAGCCAAACAGCCAAUGGCAGUUUCCCACGAUGAAAUAAUGCCGGUCGAUCGGUAACGAUGCAUGGUCUUGGAAAAAGGUUGUAAAAUGCGUUGUCUGUAGCGGAGGGAAAUCUACAAAUGAGUAAUUCGCAGUUAACACUAACGGCUACUACUGAGGUAGUAAUAUACACUGUGUGCCAGUACUUUUGUAGAGCGUGAUAUCAUCAAAGAUUAACUAAGUUUUAUUUUCAAAUUGAAUGUGUAGAAUUAAUCACGACAUUUCAAUAUUAUUAGUACUAGUACUAAUACGUGUACAUCCAUAGGAUGAAGCUAAGUUUGGUGUUUGUGGUGGUAUCAGUCUUGAUCGUACACACAUUUAGUACUAGAGCAGAUGAUAAUGAAGUCAAAGUAGGAGCAGAAAAGAACUCUGCAGCAGGAACUGUGAUAGAAAAAAUUCCCUAUACCACUCCCAAGCCUAUUGGUAAUGUGUAUAUAGCAGAACAUUUUGAUGAUCCCGAGACGUUUGAAAAGAGGUGGAUAAUCUCUGAAGCAAAGAAAGAUGAUGCAGAAGUUGUUGCAAAGUAUAGUGGAAAAUGGGCAGUAGAGGAAGCUGAAAAGAAUGGACUUAUUGGAGAUUUGGGUCUAGCAAUGAAGUCUAAAGCUCAUCAUCAUGCCAUAUCAUCAAGGUUGGAUAAAGCAUUUGUUUUUGAUGAUAAACCCUUCAUUCUUCAACUGUCUAGGUUACCCUUUCCACAGAUAUGGAAAAUUGUGCAGUUUUGUUUCUGGAUCAAAUUGGUGUUUAGUUUCAAUAAGGUAUGAGGUUCGCUUCCAAAAUGGGCAAGAAUGUGGUGGUGCUUAUUUAAAACUGCUCUCCCAUGUUGAAGGUUUGGAUUUAAAAAACUUUCAUGAUAAAACAUCAUACAGUAUUAUGUUUGGACCAGACAAAU